AAUCGUGACGUCAUCGUCAGUGCUGCUAGCAGAAUAGUUCGUGCUAAUUAACGGUUGUCUGGGUCCAUUUAACUUUUGUUUCUUAUCACUUUAUUUCACCCAGAUGCAAUAUUUAUUGUUUGUACUGUAGUCAUAUUUUGUUGGUUUAUUGCUCGCUAAUGUUUGUUGGCUGACUGGCUUCGUCCUGAUCCAGGUGAAGAUGAAGCGCUGCGAUGCCCUCUGAUUUUAUAUCCCUCAGCUCGGAUCUCGACCUUAAUUCCCCCAAAUCCCUUUACUCUAAAGAGUCUGUGUAUGACCUCCUCCCUAAGGAGCUCCAGCUGCAGUCGUCCUCCUCCCAGACAGACACACCCACCAUGAGCCAGAAGAGUGGGGGAGAGGCCGGACCGCCCCCUUCUGCAUCCCUGGCCUCAGAUGCCACCUCCUCCACCUCCAGCCCUUCUCCAUCCUCCUCUCAAGACAUGGGAGACCCCUGCAGCACUGGCCCCAGACCCAGCACAGCCCCCUCUACCUCAGCCAUGGAACAGCCCCAGCCCCCCCUCCUCCUCCACCAUCCCAGCAGUGCCCCUAGAGAGGGUUCUGGAGACCCAGGGGGAUCAGAGAUGCAGGGGGUAGAGGGAGCUCUGUCUACCCUUGGAGGGGGAGGCUGCAGUGGGACCAGCUCUGGAACAGGAGGAGGAGACCCAGGAGCAGGGGGGGUGGGAGCCCAGCAGCCCCAGAACACCCCCUCUAAGCGGAGGCCAGUGCUGAGCAUCUCCCCCCCUCCAGAGGACCUAUUUGAUGACAGCAGUAUGUCCUGCCAGGAGGAUCCAGCCCCGGCCGGGCCAGCAGGGCCAGACUCAGAACACAGCAGCAGCAUCUGGGCCGACGACUCAGCCUCCAACUUCAGCCUGAUCAGCUCCAGCUCCUACAACGACAACACAGAGGUCCCCCGCAAAUCCCGUAAACGCACCCCCCGCCAGCGGCCCGGGCCCAAGCCUGCACCCCCAGAGGACAGCAUGGACGUGUUUGAUGCAGACAGUGCCAAGGCCCCACACUUUGUCCUGUCUCAGCUGGGCCCAGACAAGGCCAGCCCCAAGCCCAGUUCUCUGGAGGCUGGGUGCCUGCUGAAGGGAUGUCUUCUGUCAGGUCAGUACCCCCAGAAGAGCGAGGGCAAGGAGCUGAAGAUCCUGUUGCAGCCAGAGACCCAGCACCGGGCGCGCUACCUGACCGAGGGCAGCCGCGGCUCUGUCAAAGACCGCACCCAACAGGGCUUUCCCACGGUCAAGUUGGAGGGCGUCAGUGAGCCGGUGGUGCUGCAGGUGUUUGUGGCCAGUGACACAGGCAGAGUGAAGCCUCAUGGGUUCUACCAGGCCUGCAGGGUGACAGGCCGCAAUACCAAAGCCUGCAAGGAAGUGGACAUCGAGGGAACCACUGUCAUAGAGGUCCCUCUGGAGCCCAGCAACGCCAUGUCACUAGCGGUUGACUGUGUGGGGAUCCUGAAGCUGCGUAACGCGGACGUGGAGGCUCGUAUUGGGGUUGCCGGGUCCAAGAAGAAGAGCACCCGGGCCAGGCUGGCCUUUAGAGUCAACAUCCCCCAUGCUGAUGGGUCUGUCCUUACCCUGCAGACCACUUCCUCACCCAUCCUCUGCACCCAGCCAGCGGGGGUGCCAGAGAUCCUGAAGAAGAGUCUCCACAGCUGUUCAGUGAGAGGAGGAGAGGAGCUCUUCAUCAUAGGGAAGAACUUCCUCAAAGGAACCAAGGUCUUAUUCCAUGAGAACCCAGCAGAUGAUAAUUCGUGGCAGGCUGAGGCAGAGAUUGACAUGGAGCUGUUCCAUCAGAAUCAUGUGAUAGUGAAGGUUCCUCCCUACCACAACCUGUCUGUCUCCUCUCCUGUCUCUGUGGGCGUCUACAUCAUGACCAAUGCCGGGAGGUCACAUGACGUACAGCCCUUCACAUAUACCCCAGACUCAGAGCACUCCCUGGACAUGUCUGUGAAGACCGAGGGGUCUUCUCUGGCUAAGGCCUGCAUCUUCCAGGACCAGAUCAAGUCUCUGGCCUCUGACCCUGCCCAGUCUGCUGGUGAACUGGUCAAACGACAGGAGGUCACCCCUAUGGAGGUCUCCAGCAAUAACCCAUCCACAGCACUCUUCAAGCCGUCGUCUGACACCCUCGUCUCGGUCCAGCAAACCCUGGAGCUGAGCUCCAGCACCCCGCCUAGCACUCAGUCCUUCCCCAGCCCCAUGCCUCUCCAGCCUGGGGAGGUUGACUUCCCCCAGUCCCCGGUCUUCCCCUCCCUGGAGCCCCUCUGCACCAUCCAGAAGCAGGACAUCGCCCCAACCACCUCCUUCCCUGUCUCCAGCGACAACACCACCCUCCCCCCUGUCCCUCCAGAGGUACCCCAGCAGUUCCUCCGGGACCCCCAGGAGAGCCUGCCUCAAGAUUCCUCCAACCCCAGCAGUGAGGUGGUGGUAGUGGACAUGUCCCAGAUGGCACCCCACUCCCAGCCCCAGCUCCCCCUGUUCCCCCAGGACGGGGUGGCCCAGCUGGAGAGGGCAGUAAGGGAGCUCCAGGCAGGGGGAAGCGACCUGGUACAACAGGUUAUGGAGGCAGCAGUGGCUCAACAGCAGCUCAACUCAGUGCUGUACAGUCCCACGCCCUCCACUGACUCACUGCAGCAACACGUACAGGACACCAUGAACAGCCUGAGACUGGGGGGAGCUGAGGGCUCUCUAGCCACACAACACCUACAGAUGCAACAACAGCAGAUCCUUGGCAACAUGCAUCAACAGCAGCAGCAGUUACAUCAACAGCAAGUCCUUGGCAACAUACAGCUACAACAGCAAUUAUUAUUACAGCCACAGGAUCAACAACUGCAGCAACAGAUACUGGGUAACCUACAACAACAUCAACAGUUUCAACAGCAGCAGCAGGUACUUGGCAACAUACAGCUACAUGAUCAUCAACAACUUCAGCAGCAGCACCAAGUACUGGACAACCUACAACAACAAAACCAAGCACUAGGCAACCUGCAACAGCACCAGCUACAUCAACAACAGUUACAGCAGCAGCUCCAGACUGAGUUCCUCCAGCCCCAGAUCCACUCCUCAUCUCAGCCCCAGCAGCAGCCUGUGUCUCUCCUCCAGCAGACUGGGGAGCUGCUCACCAUCCAGACCUCCAGCUUCCCCCAGGAGCCCCCCUCCCACUCCUCUCCUCCCCAGCAGCUCUUCCAGUCCCCCAGGCCUCUGUCGGAGACCUCCAGCCCCCAGCACCAGGCAGCCCUGCUACAGAACACUCUGACUGUGCUGACCAGUGGUAACCUCAGUCAGGAGCCGCAGGCCACAGGGUCCACACUGUUCCUUUCUCCCAACACUCUCUCUAACCAGGGUAGUCAACAGCAGCUAGCGUUCCUGUCCUCCAUGGAGACUUCAACCUGUGAGCCCCAGACCAUGUCAAUGUUCCAGGCCCAGCAGCAGCAGAGCACCCCCAUGGACCAGCAGCAGUCCCUUCAGCAGACACAACUACAGCAAACCCAGCAGCUUCCCAUGGCUCAGCAGAGCUCCUUGUUCCAGACUAGCCCUCUGCCCCCCAGCCAGCACCCUCAGGCCCAGCCCACCGGCCUCCUCCUCUGCACCGCCUCCCUCAAACCCCAGGCUCUGCCCCCAGCCCUCCUCUUUAGUACCCAGGCCCAGGGCCCGUCCAUGGGAAGCAACAGCACCCCUUGCCCCCAGGACACCCCUGCUUCCCUCUUGUUCUCCCAGCCCACCAUGGUGGGGGUCAGGGUAGAGGUGGCCCAGACGGACCCAGUGGAGCCCAUGUUAUUCCAGGACCAGAGCUCCUCUGUAGGGGGGACCCCCGCCUCCAGAAAUACCCCUCCGCAGGGUCUGUUCCAGGGGCAGCAACCUAUGCAGGUGGGCUCCAGCUCAGUCAGUGGCCCUCCCAGCCAGCAGGUGGAGCUGUUCCUGCCACAGGGUUCUCUUUCUGGUCUGCAGGGCAGCAUGGCCACACAGGAACUAGGAAACCAGGCUGCAGCAGGGGAAACUAUCUUCGUAAUGCAGAGUGGGCUGGGGGUUGUGGGACUGCAGAGUACCACAUCCUCCCCUGGUAAGAGACCCCCAGAGCAGCUGUUCCAGACGGGAGUGAGUGGGAACGUUGGCCAGCCAGGAGGACAACCCAACCUGUUUGUGUUUGGCCUCCAGGACGAUUCCUCCCAGCUGAUGACGUCCUCUGGUCCUACAAUGUCUGCCCAGAGCCAGCCCCAGAACCACAACCCUUUGCAGGCCAGCCACAUACAGCCUCUCAUGGACCCAAACAUGGGCGAGACCACCACACCCAUGCAGACUAAUCUACAGACACCCAUGCAGACUAAUCUACAGACACCCAUGCAGACUAAUCUACAGACACCCAUGCAGACUAAUCUACAGACACCCAUGCAGACUAAUCUACAAAACGCCAUGAGUAGCUUAGAAAAUGCCUUGCAGGCCAACAUACAGACCCCAAUGCAGACCAACAUACAGACUGCAAUGCAGACCAACAUACAGACUACCAUAGAAACAACCCCCAUGCAGACCAACCUCCAGACCCCCAUGCAGACCAACCUCCAGACCCCCAUGAGCACCGCCCAGAACAUGGAGAAGAUAGAGGACCUGCUGGAGAGCCUACAGGAGCAGUGAUCUUUACUCUGACCACCGAUACACUGAUGGGGGUUCUAGUAACUUCUGCCCACUCUUUGAACCCCAGACUGGGCCAGGUUGUGUCUGCUGCUUACAAUACAACCCCUACAAGCAACACAGAUAUGGAUAAUGGGGGUAGAGAUGUCUGGCCAUGCUAUGAACCUCCUAAGAACAUGAAGUAAUGAAGACGUUUUAAAGAUUUGAUCAGAUGUGCUCGUGUACCCCUAGCUCAUAUUUUGAUGAGUGUCUGUACAUGCAUUCAUAGACAGAGACGGCUGGGCAGGCGUCGCUAUGAUGAAUUGGUUGAGUGACUACUCCUCUUGCUGGAACAGAGGACAGUAACUCCUGUAUCCAUCAGUCUCACGUAUGCAGUGGUUCUUCUAUUUCAUACUAUACUGUGUUAUUGAUGGCCUAACGGGGGGAGGGAGAUCGGAGAAAGAGCAGGAGAGGGAUACAGAAAGCUGGAGCAAAAGAGAGUGACGGAUGGUAGAUGGAUUGAGAUUUAAAAGCGAGAGAGUGAAAGAGAAGGGCAGCCAGAUGAAGGCAUCUUGCUGUGUUCUUGUGAGUGUACAGCACAGCUUCAGUCAUAUCAUACAGCAGUCUGUAUCUGGCCAACAUAUCUCAUCUCUUCUUUUGGCACUUCCCAUAGUUUGCAUUUAGUUGCGUAUUAGUACACACAGGCUUUCUCCAUUGUAAUGCUUAGUUUGCUUAUGUUCUGCAACUUGUGUUUGUGGGGGGAUUUUAGAAUUGGAUUUGGAAGCAUUUCCAGUAUAUUGUGAAUGGAAGGAUGCUUUCUACUGGGGAAAGUGAAGCGUUGUGUGGUGUUAUAAACAUUAAGCACUUUAUAAACUGUCUUGUGUGACCAGCCAAUCCUUAUAUCCAUCCAGAGGCUCUGGGGUUAGAGCACAUGUACUUGUCGACUUCCAUUUAAAUAAUCAUUUGUAAUGCUUUUUGUCAAGGUAUACAGUUUAACACAUUGCCCAUGCAUUUAUACAUUUUCACCAUAUUUUUGGAGUAAUAAUUUAGAUUUUUCUAAAGAUGUUUUUUGUCUUAGUGUUGAAUUCAUCUGAAGCCUAUUUAUACCAAGUGAUCCAGUCAGUGUCUGUCUGUCAAUUCAGUCGGACUUCCCAUAGUGAGUAUACAGUCUUCGUUUUGAUGUGUGUGUGUAACUAGGUCCUGUUCGUAGGCUUGCAUAUCUCUGCCCCCACAAAAUAUUUCUAUUUUAAGUCGAUACAUUGUGUGUACACAUACGAGUGGGUGUGUGUCAUUUUUCUAAAGGAGUUACAGCAUAUUGCAAUCUGUAGCCUACAAUUUACUGUGUACUGUAACAAUCUGCGUAACUUAACAGACUGUGUUUUACCUUGUCUUGUGUGUGGUGUGGUUGUAGUUUUUAGUUGGUUUCUGGUUCAUGUACUGACAGAUGUUGAACUAGUACUGCCAGUGUUCAGGGCAGAGCUGUGUGAAAUAGACACGCAGUACUUCUCCCAUGCAACGUCACUAGGGACUCACAGCAUCACAAAGGCUGUUCCAAUAUCCACACGAGCAUACCAUUUCCUGUGAACUUCCACAUGUAUGCUAUGCCUGUAUGGGCAUUGGAACAUGUGCUUAAAAUCUCUUACUUUGGCUGUGUUUAGACAGGCAACUCAAUUCUGAUCUUUUUCCACUAAUUGAUCUUUUGACAUCAGAUCUUUUUCUGUGCUGAUGUGAUUGGUCAAGAGACCAAUUGGUGAAAAAAAUAUCAAUUGGGCUGCCUAUUUAAACACAGCCAUAGAGAGAGCCAUUCUCAUGUUAUCUAUGGUGCUAUGUGCAGAUGUGAUGGACACUUCUAAUGCCAUGUUUAUACUAAUAUUUUAUACUCAUAUCAACAGAACGAAUAUUAAUCUUGUGGUUCAGUCUUAAUUGUGUUUCUAUAGUGAUGGCUGUGAACAGGCAGCGUGAGGGGUGUGUAUCUGGACUUACUGAAAACAUAUGUUCUGUUCAAAACAUCCUAAUGUUUGUUUACUCAUUUGUACUUUUUUUACUCAUUUUAACUCAUGCAGCUUUCAUGGAUAUUAACAUUGUGUUUUUGUACAAAUAUUUUUAAAUUACAUUUGUAAGGUACUCUCCCAACAGUUUUGCCUCUUCUGUCAUUUUCAUGCAAAUGAAUAUGCAUUUGAACCCAUGUUGCUCUACCCUGCUUUAGAUGAAAGGUGAUACUGUUAUUCCAUAUCCAAUAAGCAGUAGUCUGUUUUGACAUAUUGACAAACAGAUGGAAUGACCACUUUUAAGUUGUUGCUCAGAUCCCUAUAGGCUCAUGUAGGCAUUUGACCUUUUUCAUAUUUUAUCAUUCUGUCCUGAGAAAGUAUGUCUACUCCAUUUUAAAAUGUCAUUUAGAAAUCUUCUUACCCAUGAGUCCGAUUACAUGAUUUUCUGAUGUAUGCAGUACAGUAUAUAAUUGUUAAAACAUUGGACGAACUCCAGUGUACAAUUAGGUGUGUAUACUACCAGAUGUCUUCAUGUAGAACUCUGGCCAACAGUAGUAAACUCAUUCUAAGCUAACCAUACGCUUUGAAAUGGACACUAUUCCAGCAUAGAAAUGAGUUAUUUAUUCCCACAGAUGAUGUAUGCUAUUUUGAACACAAUUUGGUUUCACCUAUCCAAAAUGUCAGUUUGUCCUAAACACAAUAGAUGAUCACAUCUCUAAAUACUGACGCCCAAGCCUCCUAUUUCAAUGGGGGAUUUUCAAGAGCACAUAUUGUGGAAUAGUAAUGCCAUACAAAUAGAUGAAGCCAACCUCCGAGUAUCUCCUCUCUGUGUGAUGAAUGUAGCUUUACCUCAGUGGUAAAUCUGUUAGUACUGGACCAAUUCUACUGUUUUUAGAGGAAAUAUUUGAGGUAUCCUAAUAUUGACCCUUUGGUACGAUGGAUGUGUGGAAAUACAUUUAUUUUGUGGGUCUAAUGUCUGGUUUCAUGUUCCAAGGCCUACUGUCACACUCACUUCGAUGUAUCUAUUGCUUAACUGUUUGAAUUCAUCACAUUCAUCUGAAAAUACUAGCUAAAAAUGUUCACUUUGAAGUGGAAAAAUAGCACACACAUGGUCUUCAUCCACAAAUCAGUUGUCAUUAUCUCAUGCGAAUAUGAAUAUCCAUGUUGAAAUGUGAGAUAGGGGUGAUCAGUUGUGAAGUUCUGUGUGCCUUGAAAAACCAUCAGUGUAGUAUGUUUACCAGAUUCCCUUUGUCGUGAGUCAAGACUGCACCUCUCUGUCUAAUGUUCUAUCUCUAGAUGAACUCUGACAAGUCAUUCUUCAGUCUAGAUAGUGUCAGUGAUCUGCUUUUAGUUCCAUGACCACCUUAACCAAUGCGGUGUGAUUUAAUGCAUCCAUCCCUGGUUGCAAUACUACAAAUGUGAUCACCUUCACUCUUGGAACUGCUGUGCAGCUUAACACGUAAACUGAAUACAUGUUUGUUUCUAUCCUAAUUUCAGGACUGAUGAGAUUCAUAGUUGUGAGAUGGAAAAGGAAGGUGAUUGUUCUGAUUGUCGGCGUGUGCUUGUCAGUGUUGCUGUGAAGAGCUGGACAUGAGAUCAAAAGGAGAAGUGAUAAGACUUCUAUUGCCAACAGAGUGAGCUGUGUUUUGUGUUAUCAGUUUCACCUAUCAACUGCUUGUAGAGCUUCAUCUAUUCAGACAAUGCGUCAGAACUUACCCUCUGUUUUGUCAUACAUAUGAAAUGUAUUUUUGUGAUAUUUCUCAUUCUGCUGCUACAUGAUGAGUAAAUAAAGAUGAAGGUCUUUGCUUCAA